UGAACGUAAAUAAACAGCACGACAGCAGGAAUAUAAGCAACAACAACGACGACAACAACAACAACAGGUACAUGAAUUGCAUGGACUACGACGACAACGGUGCCACAACGACUACGACGACAACAACAACGAGAACGUCGAGAGUGACGAAAACAUUCAAAACCCCAGCUUCAGCCCGUCCAGACGUCAUAGUUAACAAUUUAUGUUCAAGAACGAGUGCCAUCAACACUAUCCCGCCCUGCUACAAGUUCAGCCCGUUGUCCACCUGGGAGUCUGAUGGGCCGAGAGGUUUCUUCGACCAUGCACUCACAUGGCACUCAACAAUCUGCAAAGAGCCCAAACUCGUCCCUCAGUUUUUAAACAGCUGCCUGCAAAACACACACGUCUGGCUGCUUGGCGAUUCUAAUAUUCUGCGCUUUUUCUUUCUAUUCUUUGAACUCACAAACUGCAAGUGGUAUCUUGGUAAUAUGACUAGUCCAUGGCCCACAUACCGGUACUGUAACAUUACGGAUAUCAACUUCACAAUGACCUUCCAUCCGCACGAAUACCACAAUUACAUCCAGCACCAAAUUCACCCCACGAUCACAUCCCCCGGGUUUCCCGCCUUACUGGACGCCAUACCUUCGACGGGCAAACAAAUAGUGGUCGCUCAUUACUACGCCCACUACACUACAGCACAUCUCAUUGUUCUGUGGGAGCGGCUUACAGCACUGAGGGACGCCAUAAAACGUUUGGUGUCUCGAAACCCAGAAGCUGUUGUCGCUUUCCGAGGUCCUCACGCCGUCACGAAGGACUGGGAGAUCAACCAUUCUGUCGGGGGAGACGUCCUGAUCACUUUGUACCUCCCCAUGAUACGAGAGAUAUUCGCUGAACUCAUGGACAAAGUGGUUUUCCUAGACGGGUGGGAGAUGUCAGUCGCCCUGGAAAAUACCCUUCUCCAUCCCACCGACAAAAUCCCCAUUGCAAUGAUCAGAACACUUUUGGGGUUUGCGUGUGAAGUCAAAUAACGAACCACUAACAAUUAGAUUUAUUUAUUAUAGAGGUACCAGUUAUCCAUGUUUAGUACUUUUUUAAGGCUAGAUCAAGUGAAAAGAUCAAACAAGUACAAUAGUUUAAAUAUCUGGAAUAUGUCAUUUGAUCUACAUCUGAUGCCAAAAGUUUCUACAGAAAUAAAAUGAGUUACCUCUGAAUGCUGCCCAAUCACUAGAGACUGUCAAAAUUAACAGAAGCAACAGAAAUGUGGUUUUUAGGAGACUGCCGAGAAUUUCUUGGAAGAAUAGACAUCAAAUUAUGAGGUAGUUUUUAAAGAAGCCCGCGGGGGCCGAUGGCUGAUAAAUAUAAUCAGGAAAAGACAUGAUGUAGUUUCUGGGAUGAGUAGACAUAAAUACCUUUAAACAUCAAACUUUCAAUGGUUAAAUAGAAGGUAAACGAGGCACGGGGUGAACACAAAGCAACCUACUUGCAGAGCCUAAACAGAUAGGUGGCGGGAAAGAUCAGCUAAUGUAGCUUUUUUGAGAGUAUCUGAGCAAAGGGACGAAUGGAGAAUCAAGAUCGUCGAUAUCUGUCACAGAUCUGGCCACUUGAAGAUGAUAAGCCCCGCCAGAUUAUCAAUGACAGACAGAGGGUCAGUUGUUUGGAGUACAUGAACUAUUCGCUUCGUGAUGCGAAGAUCGGAGGUUCCAGUCCUGUAGAACUCAAUAGACCCAACCCCCAUCUUGAAGUCUUGAAGUUAUUCACGAGAGAUCAAAUCACUUUCAGCCCACCGCCGUGUGAGUGUUGUCAUGAGAAGACGUGAACCCCCAACAGAUCCCAUGAUAAUUAUCUGUAUGUCCACAAAUUUACAAUGUUGUGGGCAUGGAAGCUGGAGACAGAUACAGAGAGGGGGGUGAGGGGGUAGAAAAGAUUGAGA